AUUUUCUCUUCAAAUUCACAUCCAAAUUAAGUGGAACAGUAUAUAAUAUAACAUCCAGAAAAGCGGGCGAAUUUUUCCAUCAGAAGAUGGAUUAUACACUGGCAGCACUGAAAUUGCUUUGCUCACAGCUACACUAUGCCAAAGAAACCAAAACCCAUCAAAACCAGCCUGCUUUCACUCUUUCCGGCAUUCUUUUUCAACGUGCUUGGCUCCAGGGUGUUCUGGUUUCAACGCCAACUACUGACCCUUCUGGACGAUUUCUCCUCGAUGAUGGCACUGGGAUCAUUGAACUCCAACUCAUUGGCGACUUCCUCCCUCUUUCUUGGGAGAAAGGAAUGUACGUUAUGGUUGUUGGAGCAUAUUUUGUCCAGAAAGGCAGCCUCCCCUUAGUUAAGGUACACAAAAUUGUUGAUCUCUCGCCAUUUCCUGAUCGAGAAUCGAUGUGGUACCUAGAAGUUGUUGAGGUAUUCAAGCUCUUCUACCAACCUCUAUUUGAAGAGUAAAUAAAGAGUGAAAAUGCAGCCAGAAAAAGGAUACAUACUCGAGCUUGCGUGAUUGUAUCAAAUGGAAUUCUAGAAUGACAAAAUUUUGUUAAAUUUAAUUAACCUAACAUGUUAAUAACCUUUUUAGGGGUAGUAAAGUUAUACUUUUAUUGUUUCUGUUUUUUUCUCCUACGAAUUACUGUAGUAUAUUAAAUCAUUGUCAACACCUCCCCAGUUAUUCUUUGCAAGCAUUGUGCUACCGAACAUUAUAUAGUCUCUUGACAUAAAUUUUGAAAUAAAACAAGGGAAAAAGGUAAUUUUUAGAAGUG